ACGUACAUUGUGAAGGUUUUUCUAAUAUUAUAACUCACCCUACAUUAGAAAUGUCACAGAAUUAGUCUCCUGUUCCAUGCUUCUGCUUAAAUAUCUACGUAGUCUGACACAAGUCUGAAUGGUUGUUCAACUGUUAGACCUUCCUCCUGCUGUGCUGCUUGCUAUAUGCCCAGUGAGAUGCUGGCUAGUAUUUGCCAAAGGCAGACUCUUUUUUCCUGACGAGCACCUUGUAUGACCAGCAACACCUGCAGCGAAAGGGUAUCCUUGCAAACUUCCCUGGUGGCAGAACUUGGGUGGGAUGUUUGCCAUGAUGAUGGCAGGACAACAUAUGCCCAUUCUUCAUUUACCAGGAAAAGUUUUACCUGAAGUUUGGCAAACACCCUCAAGUCAUUCUUAACACUUGACAGGCAUUAAGUUAAAAAAAGAAAGAGUUUAUUACAAAUCUUAAGAAGAUAUUGAAUUUAUUUGGAGAUACAGAGAAAUAUCUCACUAUACAGCUAUCUUUUGUUGUGGUUUGGCUGCAGAGUGGUUUCUAUGUUCUUCUGCAGUAGCUGACGCUUGAGUCUAGAACACUUUGCUGAGCUCCCACCAAGAUCUAGGUUCCAGUCCUAUAGCCAAGCUUCACACUUAGGUCAAUGGCUUACAUCAAAGUGUCCCUUUAUAUAUACUCUCUUUCAGUGUAAAUACAGUAACUGCUUAAAAGUCCUCAUAACUGAUCAUGACACCAACUCACACCUUAACUCAUCUUCUACACUGAUGGACUGCGUGCGACACAGCUUCAGUCUUUGUUAUGGAGAGAUGUCUGCAGGCUGCCCCUCCUUCUAAAGCAAUCUUUUUGUUCAAUGUGAAUUCAAAACAGAGGCUGCCUCAAUAUUUAACCUGACUAAAGGAACCAUUUACCUAUUUUUAAAGGUCUUUGCUGACUGACAAGAGUGCUUAUGUUUUUUAAGCCGCUGUAUAAGCACAUCAUAUUUUGUAUCAGUCAUAUGGAAAACAAUAUUUUGUACAAACGUGAGAACUGUAAAUACAGGUCAGUGUCAGCCCUCAUUAAAAACAAAGCGUAUUAGCAAAUGAAUGCAGUCAGAGGUAACUGUGCUUAAGAGGAUAGCCCCUGAAAAAGCCUGCUAUGUUUGGGAUAAUAUGAAACGCAUCCUCAGAGUUUUUUGGCACACUGCUUCUCCUUCCCUCCUUCUUUUCCUUCUUUUCCUUCUUGUCCUCUUUCCUUCUUUCUGUUUUUCAUUCCUAUUGCAGACCAGGUGGUUUGGGAUUCACAAAUAUUAUUGUAAUUCACAAAUAUUAUUGUAAUAUUAUUGUAUUAUUAUUGUAGGUAAAGGGAAAGCCUAUAGUUUUCAAUGCAUGGGCCAUUCACUGUGCGCAGGAUGUGGAGCCACUGCUCCCUAAUAGGAAGAGGAUUCCCAUAGCUAUCCAGACGCAGAGUGGUGCCUCCAGGCCCUCUGUGCCUCCCACGUGGAUCAGAUCAGCUAGCCUGACGCAGGGGUGUGAACUCUAUGUAAAAUCUAAAAAGCGAAAGUAGCAAAGCUACUCGUGUGAAUGCAUUAUGUCCUCCUUAAUAAAGACUGCCUCAGUCAGGAUAGCGGAGCUGUCUGCAAAAACGUCAAGCAAACAUCUGCAAAACGUUGCCUUUCUUCCUGAAGAUGUGGAAGGAAAAGUCCUCCUGCCACGUGCCAAUAUCUUUACAGCGUUCUUUUGAAGAUGUACUUCAAAUGGAUAUUUUUAGAGAUCAAUGUUGGUCUUGGGGAAUAAUUGAAGCAUAGCAGUAGUACUUGGGGUGUAUAGAAGUCUUACGCUCAAUGAGAUCUCUUGACUUCAAUACUAGAACACAGAUUACAAGGGAAGCAAUCAGUCGUGUUUGUGAAGCUGUGCCUGGUGCCAAAGGAGCCUUCAAGAAACGAAAGCCACCAAGCAAAGUUCUUUCUAGCAUCUUGGGAAAGAGCAAUCUACAGUUCGCAGGAAUGAGCAUAAUGCUGAACAUCUCUACCACCAGUUUAAAUCUAAUGACGCCUGAUACGAAACAGAUCAUAGCAAAUCACCAUAUGCAAUCUAUUUCCUUUGCAUCUGGAGGUGAUCCGGAUACAACUGACUAUGUUGCAUAUGUAGCUAAGGACCCUGUUAAUCGGCGAGCUUGCCAUAUCCUGGAAUGUUGCGAUGGCCUGGCACAGGAUGUCAUCAGCACCAUAGGGCAAGCCUUUGAGCUUCGAUUUAAGCAAUACUUACGAUGUCCCUCGAAGACGCCUACUUUCCAGGAUCGGAUGCAGAGUUUUGAUGAGCCGUGGAUGGAGGAAGAGGGAGAGGCAGCAGAACAUCCAUAUUACAACAACGUCCCAAAUAAAAUGCCCCCUCCUGGCGGCUUCAUUGAUGCCAGACUCAAAGCGAGACUUCCCACUGCUGCGGAUACAGCUCAGUCUGCAGCGGGAGUGGGAAGAGAGCAAACCUAUUAUCAGAGUCGGCACCUAGGAGACAAAUUUAGUGAAGACUGGCAUCACGGGCCUGUUAAACAAGGAUCUUUGGAUGUUUAUAGCAUGCCAGAAGGGAAAUCACAAGUAACCCCGACGGCAGAGAUGCCAACGUACGUGAACACCCAGCAUAUAAAUAUGGAUGCUCUAUUGGCACUUCAGGCAGAUGCUGAAAGUACCUUCGGUGGAACAACUGAUAAUACCAAAGAGAGCAGCCCAGGAAAGGAUCUAUUUGACAUGAAACCAUUUGAAGAUGCUCUCAAGAACCAAACAUCUGAGCCUGUGUUGAGUAAGGCCACCUCCACUGAAUGUACCAGUCCUCUUUUAUCCAGAGCAGCUGACUGGACUACAAUGGAGGAGCUGAGUACAGAGCCUUGGUAUCAAGGAGAGAUGAGCAGGAAAGAAGCAGAACAGCUGUUAAAGAAAUGUGGAGAUUUCCUUGUGAGGAAAAGUACCACGAAUCCAGGCUCCUAUGUGCUGACUGGCAUGCAUAACGGACAAGCCAAGCAUCUUCUUUUGGUGGAUCCAGAAGGAACUGUUCGUACAAAAGAUCGUGUCUUUGACAGCAUAAGUCAUCUCAUCAACCAUCACCUUGAGAAUAAUUUGCCAAUAGUUUCUUCUGGGAGUGAACUCUGCCUGCAGCAGCCUGCUGAGAGGAAACACUGACUCCAGAUAACUCUUUUAGCUUUUGUAACUUGCAAGCUGUCACUGGUGGAAACUGCAGAUCUGAAAACAUGUACAUUAAAAAAAAAAGCAUAUUCGUAUAUAUUUCGCCAGUAUGUUUUCUUUAGGUUUAAGAAGCCCCAUUUCACACGAUACACUUGAAAAUUCUUAAUGCUUUAUGUGGACAUGAAGUCACAACAGAAGGCUUUCUUAAAAAGUAAUUUCAAUUAAAAUUGUUCCGAUUCUCUAAUGUGAAUAUUGAUAGUGUAUAUAUACACAUUAUAUAUAAAUACAGUAUAUAUUUAUAUUUUUCAAGUCAGUCUCUUGAAGGUAUGGAACUUCUGUGCCAUGUGUUUUUAACAGAAGAAACAUGCCAAUUGUGAUUGCUCAGAUAAAAAUAGAAUUCAGCAAUCUCAAUUUCUUGAGAAACUAAAUAUUGGGAAUCUUAUUUAUAAUUUUAUCGAAUAAGCACAAUUACGGGGAGAACACAGAAUGGUGUACAUUGGUUAACUACCAAGGAGAUUGAAUUCAGCAACUAGUAUUCCAACACGGAAAUUUAGCAUAAAACGGUUUUUAAAAGCGUUAUUCAGUGUCGCUGAUUUCAAAAGCAUUUUAUCUUUCUGAUGUUUGAAUUCUUAUAUGAUGCUAUUCAAAACAUUUGUAACUUGCUUUAACAAUGACUUGAUGUGAUCUCUCUGUGUACGAGGUAUGUGCAUUUGAUUUUUCUAACAAUUAUAUAACUUAAUAUUCUGCAACUUUAAUUUAUUAAUCUGAGUGCUAAGGUUAUUUACAAGUAGUUCUCUGCUUAUGGUGAAGAUUUAGGUGUCCUUGACUACCAGUCUCCAAUGAGAUGUUAUGUUCUGAUUAGACAAGUUCAAAUAAAUUGUGUUUAAUAGGUUUAAUACAAGAUGUACAUGGUUGGUCAAAGACAUAGGUGAAGAAUCUUUUCUUCUUAUAAACAGUGAAAACUAUCAUGAGUCAAUGAUCAGUUUUGCAAACGAUGUCACUUGGAUUUACUAAGUUAUUAGGUACCUCUUCCCAAGGUACCGCUUGAAGGUGGCCUUCAGCACAUGCUAGGUAUUACAAAUGUACUGCUUAUCUCUAGAUAUCAAGUUGGAAAAUAUAUACACUAGAGAUGUAUUUUUGGCAGAAAUAUCCUUGGCUUUUGGUAUUGGAAAGUGUUUUAACGAACGUUUGUGCUGUUCAAACCUAAGCACUGUAUGAAUUUACUUUCCUAUUGUAUGAACCUUAGUUCUUAUUUAUGUAGUGUCAUCAAGAGCCACAUUCAAUUUGCAUUUUAAUGAGCAGGCAGAGAUUGUGCCAGGAUAGCCAUCAUCAGAAUUUAUCCUUUUGUGUCCCAAGGUCUUCUCUAGCAUCAAGUCUUCAAACUUGAUCCAGAAAGGCUGAGACUCAGCAGGAUGAGUCUAGGUUAAGCACCUGCCUACCUUCAAGAAGUCAAUAGGACUACUUAAAGUUAGAUUUGGCUUUAAGAAUUUGCUAAAUUGGGAUAAAGUUGACAGAAGGAUUCACUUAGAAUCCAUUCAGAUAGGAUUGUUGUGAUAAAUUUCUGAAAUAAUUUUCUUGUGCUUUCUGCUUUUAAAUAUAGUAAAGUUGCCACUUGGGAAGUUUGUUUUUGUUUGAUCUCACGAACAAAAAUGAUUAAGGCAUCUAAGACUAAUCAUGUGACACAUGCAAUAAAAGUACAUUUACUUCUGUAAUCAAGACAUUCAGAAGCCAAACUGGGGCAUUCAGUGAACCAGAUACUCUGAUUCAUUUUAUUACACAUAUUUAUUAGUUAUUAGUUGAAAUGUCUAGGUUUGGGUAGGCACUGAGAGCGAAGGAAAGAAAUUAAAUGCUGCAUUGCAACCCAAAUUAGCAUGGCAGUGAGGAGAAUGGAUAUUUUCGAAGUUGCUUCAAUCGUUUACCAGUUUGGAAAGUGCAAGGGAAAAUGAAGAAAUCUUAUACCCCAAAGCAGUAGCCAUCCAACUGUUCUGGCCAUGAUUGUAGGACGGGAAAUAUUUUGUUCUGCUGAGUGUGCUUACACUGUGAAAAGUGACUCCAUUGACAUGGGUGCCCUGUUGUUAGGGCUGGAUCACUGGCUGUAGCUGAAUCUUUUUUCUCCUGAUUUGCUUUGCAUCCAUGAAGGCCAGAAUUACAACAUUUAAUAAAACUAAGAGGACUCUGAUUUCUCUGUUUCAUCACAGAAACUGGGGCCUUUGACAUGUCCAGAUAGUACCUAAACCUUAACCUGGUGCUGUUUAGAGAUCCAUUUUUUUAAUGUCUUUCAUGGUCAUACUGACAAAUUCUCUCUCUCUCUCUCUCUCUCUCUCUCUCUUUCUUUUUUUUUUGGUUAAAGCUACGCUUUUUCUAACCUCAGGUCUUGCAAACUGAAAACAGGACUGAAAGUCAGGGCAGGUGCUUUUGUUGUCAUCAGCAGGA